AUGGGACGUAGGAAACGAGUUCUCGACGAGGACGAUGGAGACAGCAGUGACGAUGAUCAGGAAGAUGAUGAACUGCCAGAAGACGACGACUUAAGAGAGGAAGCCCUGCUCUUUAGACGCAAGCGUGGAAGGAGCACUCGUGAUGGCAAAGAAGAUGCGCUAUAUGGUGUAUUUGGAGAAGAUAGUGACGAAGACACGAAAUCAUCUAAAAAUCGUCCCAAAAAGCCAACCAAGUCUAAAUACGACACAGGAGUCAAAUUCGUCAGCUCAUCAAAGCUCCCAGCUACUACACCCGAUGAAGAUGAUCAAGAUCGUCGUUACCAAGAUAUGGAUCAAGACGAUACUAGGCUGAACGACGACAUGGAUGAAGACAAGUACCAACCACCUCCUCGCCCUUCAAAGAGACAAGCAUUCGCAGAAGACGAGGAAGAAGGAGAAGAGAAUGAUCGCCCUUCCUUUGGUGGGUCUGGCCUAGGUUUUGGAUCUGGACUGGGAUUUGCUACAGGAGAGUUUAGUGCGGAACGCAGCAGUCCUGUACCAUCAAAACUACCAUCUCAGCCUAUACAGCUCAAGUCCAAUCGUGACGCUGCUCAAGCACUACGUGCAUCCGUCAUGGCGUCGAAACCUCCGCCCAGUAAUACUGCUCCUAGUGUCAGGACUGUGGCAGCACCUAGUGAACGACCACGUAAUGAUAAACGUAGUGUCAGUGAUACACCAGAACCAGCAGUCAAACCGACACCACCUAAAUCAGUAGACAAGGACUUUGGUAAAUUCGAAAAACAUACUAAAGGUAUAGGUCUCAAACUCAUGCAAAAGAUGGGUUAUGUACCAGGAGCAGGUCUUGGACGUGGUGGUGAAGGUAUAACGGCUCCAAUAGAUGUCAAGUUACGGCCUACUCGUAUGGGUUUAUCUUUUAAAGACUUUGAUGAACGAACAGACGCAGUGAAAGAACAACAAAAAGCAACAGGUCGUGAAUAUGAAUCAUCGGAUGAAGAAGGUGCCAAACCUGCUGUCAAACAAAAAGCUGAAGCAUGGAAAAAGAAGGCCGCUGGUAUUGCUGCUGAUGAAGGCAAACGUGGACGUAAAAAGAAGGCUCAAAAACGGUACAAGACUGUUGAUGAGUUAAUAAAGGAGCAAGAAGAAGCGGGGGUAGUGCCAAUAGCACCAGUAUCAUCGUCUGCCUCAACUACCAAGAUUAUAGAUAUGACGGGUAAAGAAACUCGAGUAUUGAGUGACUUGUCACAAAAGACACAAUGGUCGGUCUUUGAUUCAACACAACGGCUACCCGAGCUACGUCACAAUGUAAGACUUAUUGCAGAUCUAGCCGAGUCAGAACUCGUGCAUCUUACUCGCCAGCUUCGAAUUGAGACCACCAAACAAGCUCAAAUCGAAAAGGACACUGCUCGAUUAUCCAGUAUGCUAGAUUUAGAAGGUCAAAGUCUGCAAAGGGCAAAGGAAGUAGUUGAAUUAGUAGAUAGGGCAUCCAAGACAGCUACUCGGUUAUCAACUGCUUCUAUAGAACAACGCCAUUUCCCAUCAUUGUCGGCGUUGGAAGACAUCUUUCAGCAGUUUAAGACGACAUAUCAGGAAGAGUAUACUACGUAUGGGCUCAUAGAUGCUAUAGUAGCUUUUCUGACACCCAUAUUACGACGCGCUUUUGCAUCAUGGGAACCACUCGAAGAUCCUGUAUUUGGUAAAACAGAACUGUCAAGACAUAGUAAACUCUUUAUACCCAGCGAAUCCCGACCUAGUAAAAAUCGUGAUAUGACACCGUAUGAAGCGAUGCUAUAUACAAUCUGGCUCCCUCGUAUUCGUCAGAGCAUAAAUAAUGAUUGGAAUCCAAAGGCCCCAGAUGCUUGUGUUGCCUUGAUUGAAGCAUGGCACCCGAACGAUGGCCUUAUCCCUGAAUGGCUGUAUCUCAACAUUCUCGAUCAACUAAUAGUGCCUAAACUCGAACGAAUGGUAGAACAGUGGGAUCCAAAACGGGAUCCUCAACCGAUUCAUGCUUGGGUCCAUCCAUGGUUACCGAUUCUAGUGCCAGCUGGUCGUAUGGACUCUAUAAAUGAUCUAGUCCGUCGUCGUAUGAUUGUAGCAUUGUCGGAUUGGCGUGCUGAAGACCCAUCUGCCAUAACAGUGAUUGCACCAUGGAAGGAGGUUUUUGCCGACGACGUCUUUGCUUCUCUCUUAUCACGAUCAAUACUGCCUAAACUAGUAAUAGCACUUCGAGCCGAUCUAGACCUUAAUCCACAAAAUAGUAACGUCAAACCAUUCCAAGCUGUAAUGUCAUGGCAAACUCUGAUGGGACCAUCUGUAACUGCCCGACUAUUAGAAACCGAAUUCUUUGCACCGUGGUUGGAUAUAGUAUAUCAGUGGCUCAAUGCUCCUGGAGCUCAGUAUCAAGAGAUUGGAGAGUGGUAUCGUAUAUGGAAGACCAAGUUCUCUACUGAACUUGCACAAGAACCUGGUGUGGCAGCAUGCUUCAAAGCAGCACUCACCAUGAUGAAGGCGGGAAUUGAUGGAUUUCCUGUACCACAUCCGUCAACACUAGCACCAGAUGUGUUUGGCAUGAAAAAGACAGAAGCUGCAAAAAAGAUUGCCCGUAAUGAUAAUGUAGCUGCCAGCUUUAGGGACUACGUAGAAUUCAUGUGCAGUCAAAGCAACGUGUCACUGCUUCCUGUCGGCCCAGGCAGGGUACAUCAACCAUCUGGCAAACCUCUAUAUAGAAUGAGUAAUGGCUUGAAGGGUGUAUCAGUAUAUAUUGAUGAUGGAGUCUUGUAUUCGCAGGGGGCGAAUGGGUUGUGGAAGGCUGCUCAAGUAGAAGACGUGAUUGCAUCAUUGAAUUGA